AAAACCCACUUAAACCAUUUGUUUUAGGGCUCGUUCGCUCUUUCCCCCUUCCACCUAGAAGUUUUUAAUAUAUCAGUUCCGUUUAAUAUCUUCUGUUCGGGUUGGAAGCUUGGAAUCAAUGGCGACUGCUGGAAAUCAGAUUAAAAACGCGAAAUUGGUGCUUCUUGGAGAUGCCGGAACUGGGAAGUCUAGUUUAGUUUUGCGUUUCGUGAAAGGACAGUUUGUUGAAUUCCAGGAAUCAACAAUAGGUGCAGCCUUCUUUUCAAAGACAUUGGCAGUGAAUGAUGAAACAGUGAAGUUUGAGAUUUGGGAUACUGCAGGGCAGGAGAGGUAUCAUAGUUUGGCUCCUAUGUAUUACAGAGGAGCUGCAGCUGCUGUAAUCGUAUAUGAUAUAACAAAUUCGGCCACAUUCAUACGAGCAAAGAAAUGGGUUCAAGAACUUCAGGCACAAGGAAAUCCAAGCACAAUAAUGGCUCUUGCUGGAAAUAAAGCUGAUUUAUUAGAAUCUAGGCAGGUGUCUGCAGAGGAAGCCCAAACAUAUGCUCAGGAGAAUGGCCUUUUCUUCAUGGAAACUUCUGCUAAAACAGCUAUCAAUGUCAAUGACAUAUUCUACGAAAUUGCAAAGAGAUUACUCCAGUCUCAACCAGUGCAGGACCCUCAAGUAACGAUUCUCAUGGAUAGACCAGCUGAGAGAUUUGUCAAUAGAACUUCUUGCUGCUCUUAGUGCUCAUCACCAGCUCACCAGUCAAUUUGUGUCUCGGCAAAUUUAUCAAAGGAAAUUGUGCGCUAUGGACUGUCAGCAGCUCUAUGAUAACUGUUUUCUGCUCCUGCUUCUGAUGCCCCAUUUUUUCACUGUGAAUAUUAGAAUGUUCUGAAGGGAAGGAUUUGCUAUUUUCUUGUUAUUCUUCUUGUAAGAACCGCAGUCCAGCCAAAGAUUCAACAUAGCCUAUUAAGAAACUUUCAAGAAUUUCUUCUAUGGGGAGAAGUUCAUCCAUU